AUGAGUUCACCCUAUCUAUCAGAUGAUUGUAUUUACUGUAUAUUAAAAUACCUUCAAGAUGAUCGUUCAACUUUAUUUAAUUGUUUAUUGGUUAAUCGAUUAUGGUGCAGAGAAACGGUUCCUUUACUUUACAAAAAUCCUUUUAAUCAACUAUCAUAUGAAUAUAAUAAAAAAUCCAAAAUAAUCUUUACUUUUAUUUUAUGUUUUAAUAAAGCAGAAAUUUUACGAUUUAAAAAUCAAUUAAAUCAAUAUAAUAUUAAUAUUAAUGACGUUAAUAUUAAUGAUAUAAUAAAUAAACCAUUAUUUGAAUAUUCAAAAUAUAUAGAAUAUUACGAUUAUUUGGAAGAUCAUGGAAUUGUUAGAGAAUUUAUUUUAACAUUUCAUCAAUCAAAUUUACGUAAAAGCAUUAAUAUUAAACAAUCUAUUAUUUCAUUCCAAUGCGAUUAUCAAGAUUAUAAUAUAAAAAGUAUUCCACAAAAUUUUUCAAAUUUAAAAUCAUUAAGUUUAUGUGAUAUAAACUUAAAACCAAACAAAGGAGAAGUACUUUUAAAAAGUAUAACGAAUAAUUGUUUAAAUUUGAGAAAAUUGGAAUUUUCAAAAGGGAGUCAAAUUCCCAUAAGAAUUAAAAAAAUCAUUAGCACAAUAAUUCAAAAGCAAAAUAAACUUGAAGCAUUUAAAAUAUUUAUACGUUAUUCUUUAUUAAGUUAUAUAUUUUCAUCAUUAGAAUUUCAAAAACAUUCUUUAGUUUAUAUUGAAUUUGUAGCUAUUAGCUUUCAGUUAACAAUUAAGAGCAACAUUUGGAAUGAUAAAGUUACAUCUUCAAUAAUCAAAUAUUUAGGUGAAUCAUUACAAAAAUUAUAUUUUCAUGGUGAUUUAACAAUUCUUAUUAUUGAGUAUUUAUCAUUAUAUUGUUUAAACCUUAAUAAUUUAAAAAUAACAAUUGAUCCAGAGAUUGUUUUUUCAUUAAUUCCUUAUUUUAAAAAUUUAAGAAUUAGAAAUUUCUAUUCAGUUUUUUCUGAUUUUCAAUAUACUAUUUUUGGAUUUAAACAUACUUUUCUACUUGAAGCAUUUUUUGAAAAUCUUCCUCAUCAUUUUGAAACGAUUAGUUUAAAUAUUAAUAUUCAUUCAGAGUAUCUUAAAAUAAUUUUGAAUUAUAUUAAAAAAGAAAAUAAUAGUUUAAAAUUCUUUGGUAUGGGAAAGUUAGAAAGAGUGUUGAAUGAUGAAGAAACAAAAUUAUUGGAUCAAAUUAGGGCAAGAGGAGUAUCAUUAAUAUAUUCUUCUAGUAUUUAUCAUGAAUGUACUCCGAUUACCUAUAAUUUAAUUUAA